GUCAAGUCAUUAGGGGUCUUUUUGAAAUGUUUCUUGUAUUAUACCCUCCGAUCUUCCCGAAAGCAGAAAGAUGUAUAUGCUGAUGAUAAUGACUAUUGAUGUUACUGAGGACGAGACUGACAAGCCGCCUCUUCUGGCCCGUUUGCAGUUCUUUUAUGAAUCCACCCUCCUUCGCGCAUCGCUCAAGAAUACUACACAAUGAGUGUCUUAUCCUUGAUAUAUCAAUCUCCUGUUCACCGCUUAGUCACUACAGGCGGCUUGUACUCAAUACCCCAUUGAUCCGCCCAACCUCUCCCAAUAUUCAACAACCAUACAUGAAAUGGCAAGCAAAGCCGUUGAGAUAACUUCGAAAUCAACGUAGCAAUUACAACAUAUUAGUCC